AUGAGUGGUGAUGGAAGUCACGCGACGACGGGAUCGGCGUACGUGAAACAGUUCUUCGACCCGGCGCACGGAGACUCCGGUCCGAGAGAGAAAAUUGACGUGCUCGUGUCCAAAAUUCAACGACUGAGUACUCAGUCGUCCUCAAGCGGCGUGAAAGAGAGAAACACUGAUGAGCAGCAAAAGAAGAUACAUUAUUGGAGGGCGAAAAUGUUCUUGAAAGUUGCGAAAUUGUACACAGAAAAAGCGUGGGUGCAACAAAAGAAACCUCGGAAGUUUUUUCUCCUCUUUCGCGGGUUCGAUGUGACGAGUUCGAAAGAGACUCUGGUGGAAUAUAAGAAGAACUACUUACAGUUGAGCUUGUCCUCCAUCGAACGAGCGCUGGAUUUGCAACAACACGCCACGAACGAGUAUUACUACUACGAGUGCGUAAAGUUGAAAGCCCAUAUUUUGUGCACCUUGAGCGCCUGCGACGAGUAUUCGGAAAGGAGAAGGUGCGAACAAGCGUUGGAGUGCUUGUUAUUACUCAACGAACUCGAAGAAAAAGAAAAAGAAAAGGGAGAAGAAACAGAUACGAAGAAGAUGAUCAUGCACAUCGCGCACGCCGUCGCUGAGAAGAAGGGAAGCUGGGAAAAUCUCGUGCGUCUGGAAAAACGUUUUGAAGAAGAUUACGAAAGCGAGAGAAAAGAAGCCGCCGCGAAAGAGGAAGUGGAAGAGGAAGAAAACAGCGUAGCAAAAGCCUACGAGUACAGGGACGACUAUUCUAACUAUUUCAACGAGUUAGAGUACGACAGAGACGAUGACAGAGAGGCUUUAGAGAGAAUCAUAGAUAGUAUAGUUAUUAGGUGA